AUGGCCUUCAAUGACCUCCUGGAGCAGCUGGGGGGCAUCGGCCGCUUCCAGAAGGCCCAGGUCACCCUGGUGAUCCUGCCCCUGCUCCUCAUGGCCGCCCACAACACCCUGCAGAACUUCACGGCCGCCAUCCCCGCCCACCGCUGCCGCCCGCCCGCCGGCGCCAACCGCAGCGGGCACGGGGAGCCGGAGGCCUGGCUGCCCCGGGACCCGCAGGGGCGGCCCGAGUCCUGCCUCCGCUUCACCUCCCCGCACAGGGGGCUGCCCUGGCCCAACGGCUCGGAGGCCAACGGCACGGAGGCCACAGAGCCCUGCCCCGACGGCUGGAUCUAUGACAACAGCACCUUCUCCUCCACCAUCGUGACCGAGUGGGACCUCGUGUGCUCGCACAGGGCCCUGCGCCAGCUGGCUCAGUCGCUCUACAUGGUGGGGGUGCUUCUUGGAGCCGUGGUGUUGGGGCACCUGGCGGACAGGCUGGGCCGCCGGAGGGUGCUGAUCCUGAGCCACCUGCUGCUGGCCGCAUCCGGCACCUGCGCAGCCUUCGCUCCCAGCUUCCCCGCCUACUGCGCCUUCCGGCUGCUCUCGGGCAUGGCCGUGUCCGGCAUCAGCCUCAGCAGCAUGACCCUGAACAUGGAGUGGAUGCCCAUCCACACGCGGGCGCAAGUGUCCACGCUGGGGGGCUACGCCUACAGCCUGGGCCAGUUCGUCCUGGCCGGCCUGGCCUACGCCGUGCCCCCCUGGCGCCACCUGCAGCUGCUGGUCUCCGUGCCCUUCUUCGUCUUCUUCGUCUACGCCUGGUUCUUCAUCGAGUCAGCCCGCUGGUACACCUCCGCCGGGAGGCUGGACCUCACCCUGAAGGCCCUGCAGAGGGUGGCCCGGAUCAACAGGAAGCCGGACGAGGGGGCCAAGCUUAACAUGGAGGUGCUCCGGUCCAGCCUGCAGAAGGAGCUGAGCCUGGGCCAGGACAAGGCCUCGGCCCUGGAGCUGCUGCGGCAGCCCGCCCUGCGCCGCCUCUUCCUCUGCCUCUCGGUGCUCUGGUUCGCCACGAGCUUCGCCUACUACGGGCUGGUCAUGGACCUGCAGGCCUUCGGAGUGAGCAUCUACCUCCUGCAGGUCAUCUUCGGGGCCGUGGACCUGCCCGCCAAGCUCCUGGGCUUCCUCGCCAUCCACCGCCUGGGCCGGCGGCCGGCGCAGGUAGCCUCCCUGCUUCUGGCGGGCGUCUGCAUCCUGGCCAACGGGGUGAUCCCCCAGGACCAGGCCACUGUCCGGACCUCCCUGGCCGUGCUGGGGAAGGGCUGCCUGGCGUCCUCCUUCAACUGCAUCUUCCUGUACACCGGGGAGCUGUACCCCACCAUGAUCCGCGCCGUGGCUGCCCUCCUGCCCGAGACCCUGGGCCACCCCCUGCCGGACACAGUGCACGACCUGGAGAAAAGGAGGAGAGGCAAAGCGCGGCCACAGCAGCAGGAGCAGCAGAAGCAGAUGGUCCCGCUGCAGGCCUCGGUGCAGAAGGAGGGCUCGGAGCACUGA